UUGUGAUAUUUAACCGGUAAACUAAUAACUAUAAUAAUAACUAAUGGAUACAAUUAUCAACGAUAUUAUUGAAGUGGACAACAAUACAGUUGAUUCAUAUGAAAGCCGACGGAGACGUCGGCCAAGCAUAAGGAUUGACCGCAAAAACAAUUGGCAUUUAUAUGUCUAUACUAUUGCUAUGUUUUUCAAUCAUUUGGCUUAUGGUAUAAUAGGGGGAUUAAUUGGUCCAACUCUUGUAGAUUUCAAAUAUAUAUUAAACACAACAAUGGAAAUGAUAUCUAUUAGUCUUAUAAUGAAUAACAUUGGAUACCUAUCCGGUGCACUCUUUGGAUUACUAUAUAAAUAUGUGAACAGACAGUUGGUUAUAGUGAUAACAAUGACCUCAAUGGCCACAUCCAUAGCACUGAUGCCACACUCGUCUAGUAUAGCGAUGCUAUUUUUCUAUCAAUAUUUGAAUGGAUUGGGUGCUGGUGUUUGGGACGCGGCUAAUAAUGUUUGGCUCAUUGAGAUGUGGCCACAGAAUAGUUCACCUGUCCUUCAAUUCAGUCAAUUUUUUUAUGGUUUAGGUUCAGUGUUUGGACCGAUUUUGGUUAGACCUUAUUUGACUGGAGAAACACAAAGUCAUAACAGUACACAAAGUGGAGUAUCUUUAACAGCGGAUAUUACCAAUGAUGUAACAACAACUCCAGCACCUGUAGAUCGAAAGACACUUCUCAGUACACCAUUUCUUAUUAGUGGAAUAUUACAAGGAUUUAUUCCCGUAGUUUUACUUUUUAUGUUUUUUAUAAAACAAUAUAAAAAUCCWGAAGAAAGACUUAAACGCAAAAAUUCUUCCGAAAGCUUACUAAGCAAUGAAGGUAUUGACGACCAGACAGUCUAUUCAGAACAAGAGGACGAAUCAUUGGAAAUGCUAUAUACAUCCCGAACCCGAACUUUUUUGGUUAUAUUGUUUUCCCUAUUAAUAGCCAUAUAUUCCUCAAUAGAAAUUGCACAUUUUAGCUACAGUUCCACAUACUACCAGUUCAUACCUUUGCACGUGUCAGCCAAAACAACUGCUGAAAUAUUAUCGGUUAUGAGCACCAGUUAUACUGUUGGUCGUUGUAUUAGCGCUUUUGUUGCCAUCAAAGUCGGGCCACAAGUUAUGAUUGUCUAUCACUUAAUUAUUGUAAUCAUCGGAAUGGCUAUACUUUAUUACGGUUCACAUCUGUUAUCGUUAAUUUGGUUUGGAAAUGUUGUAUUAGGUUUUGGAUUUUCAGCCAUGUAUUCGGCAAUUAUAGCGUUGACUGCUAUGCACUGUAAGAUGACUGACACAGUUAGCACAUUAAUGGUGUUUACAAAUGGUGUUGUAUCUGCAUUAACACCGUAUAUUUUGGGCCCAAUAAUUGAAACCAAUCCGUUUUCAUUUAUUUUAUUGGAACUCAUUUAUUUGAUUAUUAGUAUACUAUUGUUUCUUAUGAUAACUAUUAUUACCCGAAAACCCGUUAAUCGGUCAACAUCUUUGUCGACAUUCAUAGUCGAUACAUAA